AUGCCAUUGGUCAUCAAACAUGGUACCUGUCAAGAACAAGACAUAAACACGAGAUUACGGCCAGUGGUCCGUGAGGCUCCGCAGCUUAUCCCCAAGAGCAGGCACAUCGUCUUUGGAAGCCUUCCUUCACAGGACAACACCUGGGAAUGUUGUGAUGUGUUGCUUGUGAAGCACCACAUUCCAUGGGGCCGUGAACUCCUCGUCAUCGAUAGUGGCUCGUGCUUCUCAAAUCCUUGCGAUGUUCGGCUACUGGAUCUGCAGCCCCCUACCAUCAUGCUAAACCAACCUAGAGAAUUAGAGGGGGCGAAGCUGGGACUGACCCGCGUCGAACUCAUCAGCUGUGGGGAGUACCAAGAACCCAGGUCGAACCCAGGACGAUUCAGCAAGUGUGGAAUCGACCUCAGUCUUCCAUCCUCCCAAAGACAGUUCAGCAAGCUGAAGAGCCUUAACCUUUCCAACAAUCACUUAGGAGACUUUCCUUUGGCAGUGUGCAGCAUUCCAACCCUGUCUGAACUCAACGUCUCCUGCAAUGCGCUUCAAAGUGUUCCAGCGGCCGUCGGUGAUUUGAACAAUUUACAGACUUUCUUGCUGGAUGGGAAUCUCCUUCAGAACCUUCCUGCUGAGUUGGAAAGGAUGCCUCAGCUUAGCUAUCUGGGACUUUCUUUCAAUGAGUUCCAUAGCAUUCCAGAAGUCCUGGAGAAGUUGUCAGCUGUGGAGAAGCUCUGUAUGUCUGGAAACUAUAUAGAGGCUCUUAAUUUCCAGACACUAAGGAGAAUGCCACACGUUAAACAUAUAGAUUUACGGCUAAAUGUAAUCAGAAGGUUGGCGUCAGAUAAUGCUGACUUCCUGCAUCAUGUGACCCAGCUUGACCUACGGGACAAUAAACUAGGCGAGCUUGAUGCCACCAUCUUCAAUAACAUUGAAAUACUGCACUGUGAAAGAAAUCAGCUGGUAACGCUCAAAAUCAGUGGAUACUUGCUGAAAGCUCUCUAUGCCACUUCAAAUGAACUUGUUCACCUUGAUGUGUACCCAGUUCCAAACUAUCUAACUUAUAUGGAUAUUUCUAGAAACCACCUUGAGAGCCUUCCUGAAUGGGUUUGCUACAGCAGAAAGCUAGAAGCCUUAGAUAUCGGCCGCAAUCAGGUCCGCGAGCUGCCUGCCCGGUUAUUUUGCAAUAUCAGCUUGCGGAAGUUGCUUGCGGGACAUAAUCAAUUAGCAAGACUGCCAGAAAGGAUCGAACGGACGCACAUGGAGGUGCUUGAUGUACAGCACAACUUGCUAACGGAGCUGCCAUCAAAUCUGCUGCUGAAAGCUGACAGCUUGAGGUACCUGAAUGCUUCUGCCAACAAACUGGAGAUGCUGCCACCUGCCACUCUUUCGGAAGAGACCUGCAGCAUUUUGCAGGAACUGUAUUUGACCAACAAUCACCUCACAGAUAAAUGCGUUCCCUUGUUAACGGGCCACCCGCACCUAAAGAUCCUGCAUAUGGCCUACAAUCGCCUACAGAGCUUUCCUGCAAGAAGUACUUGCAGAUGAAUGCAUUAUUUGCACACAAAGAAGACACAGAGCAUUGAAGAAGAUUUUCUUGUCGAAAAGGCUUUUCAGCACGCAGGCAUUUUGCAGUUUUGGAAUUACAGUCUUCUUGGUUUCAGCAAUUUGCGCUUUUUGGAAUUACAGUCUCCUUGGUGCUUAUUUGGAAUUACAGCCUUUUUGUUUCCAGCAAAUUUGUGUAAUUUGGAUUCCAGUCUCCUUGGUUCCAGUAAUUCAUACCUGCUUACAAAGUAAAUUGGGUUGAGAUUGCAGACCUUUUGUGAGUACUGUCAGCCAUCCCUUGCAGGAUACCACUUUAAUUUGUACUAUCUCUUUAAGAAGAAUCGUGGUUCAAUCUUCAUUGUCUACAUCUGCCGGACUUUUGGGAUCUUUGUCAGAAUAUGGCCGCGGGGGUUUAGAUUUGCAUCUGUAUUCCUAAUGUAAUAGCUUAUCACCUGAUUAGUUUUUUUGCACAAUACAAUUGAUGUUUAGAAGGAC